UGUUUUACUACACUCUGACCCCCGCCUCGGUGCCCCGCCACUCCGGCCCUUGCCCUUUGACCCUGCUCUCGCGGCGGGGUGAGAGGUCGGUGGCCAUCUUGUGGCGGCGGCGCGGGCGGCCGUUACUGCGGAGACCCAUCCCCUCCCCCUCCUGGCCCCCCGGCCGUGUGUCAGUCAUAAAGAGUCCCGCAGGCCGCCAGGUGAGGUUCCGGCCUCGUGCCGUCGCUCUCCCCGCCGCACUGGGCGGCCCAGGCCGAUCCCUGCCGGGCCUCACCGCCGCCACCAUGUCCUCCUUCUCCGAGUCGGCGCUGGAGAAGAAGCUCUCAGAGCUGAGCAACUCUCAGCAGAGCGUGCAGACCCUCUCCCUGUGGCUCAUCCACCACCGCAAGCACGCGGGACCCAUCGUCUCGGUGUGGCACCGCGAGCUCCGCAAAGCCAAAUCAAAUAGAAAGCUUACUUUUCUGUACUUGGCCAAUGAUGUCAUUCAAAACAGUAAAAGGAAAGGACCUGAAUUCACUAGAGAAUUUGAAUCUGUCCUUGUGGAUGCUUUUUCUCACGUUGCCAGAGAGGCAGAUGAAGGCUGUAAAAAACCUUUAGAAAGAUUGCUGAACAUCUGGCAAGAAAGAAGUGUGUAUGGCGGCGAGUUCAUACAGCAGCUGAAGCUGUCUAUGGAGGACUCCAAGAGCCCUCCCCCCAAAGCAACAGAGGAGAAGAAAUCUCUAAAGCGAACUUUUCAGCAAAUACAAGAGGAGGAGGAUGACGACUACCCUGGAAGCUACUCUCCCCAAGAUCCUUCUGCAGGACCCCUCUUGACUGAGGAACUAAUCAAAGCUUUGCAGGACCUGGAAAAUGCUGCAUCAGGGGAUGCUACUGUCCGACAGAAAAUUGCUUCUUUACCCCAGGAAGUGCAAGAUGUUUCUCUUUUGGAAAAAAUAACAGACAAAGAGGCAGCUGAACGUCUUUCAAAAACAGUAGAUGAAGCAUGUCUGUUACUAGCCGAAUAUAACGGGCGCCUGGCGGCAGAACUGGAAGACCGACGCCAGCUGGCUCGGAUGUUGGUGGAGUACACCCAGAACCAGAAAGAUGUUUUGUCAGAAAAGGAGAAAAAACUAGAAACAGGUGGCCAACAGACACAUGAAAAGAUGCUCAACAUCACUAAUCAUCAGGAAAAUGCAAAUCAAACCACGAUGAGAUGUUACCUCAUACCUGUCAGAAUGGCUAUCAGCAAAAAUACAAGAAAUAACAAGUACUGGUGAGGAUGUGGAGAAAAAGGGAACCCUCGUGCACUGUUGGUGGGGAUGUAAAUUGGUACAGCUGCUGUGGAAAACAGUAUGGAGAGUCUUUAAAAAAUUAAAAAUAGAACUGCCAUAUGAUCCAGCAGUUCCACUUCUGGGUAUUUUUGUGAAGAAAACAAAAACACUAAUUCUAAAAGAAACAUGUGCCCCUAUGUUCAUUGCAGCAUUAUUUACAAUAGCCAAGAUAUGGAAGCAACCGAAGUGCCCAUCAACAGAUGAAUGGAUAAAGAAGAUGUGGUGUAUAUAUACACAAUGGAAUAUUACUCAGCUAUAAAAACGAAUGAAAUCUUGCCAUUUGUGACAACAUGGGUGGACCUAGAGGGUAUUAUGCUAAGUGAAGUCAGAGAAAGACAAAUACCAUAUGAUCUCACUAUACGUGGAAUCUAAAAAACAAACUGAACAAACAAAACAGAAACAGACUCAUAGAUACAGAGGUCAAACUGGUGGUUGCCAGAGGGGAUAGUGUGGAAUGAAAUAGGUGAGGGAGAUUAAGAGGUAUAAACUUCCAAUUAUAAAAUAAGUCAUGGGAUGUAAUGUUUAGCAUAGGGAAUAUAAUAUUGGAAUAACUUUGUAUGGUGACAGAUGUUAACUAGACUUCUCGUGAUCACUUUGUAAUGUAUAAAAAUAUUGAAUCACUAUAUUGUACCCCUGAAACUAAUUUAAUAUUGUUUUGAUCCCUGAAACUAAUUUAAUAUUGUAAGUCAAUUUUACUUUAAUUUUUAAAAAGAGAAAAAAAUGGAAAUGAAAGAAAAAUGUUUUCAAAGCAACAAAAGCUGAAAUAAUUCAUCACCAGUAGACCUGAACAAUAAGAAAUGGUAUCUGAAGAAGAAUGAUACCAAGAUAGAAAUCUGGAUCUACACAAAGGAAUGGAGAGCACUGAAAAUAACUCCAUGGGGAAGUAUAUAAUUUUUUUUCUUAUAAUUUAAAUGUCUUUAAAAGAUAAUCGAGGGACUUCCCUGGUGGUCAAGUGGUUAAGAGUUCGCCUUCCAAUGCAUGGGUGUGGGUUCAAUCCCUGGUCAGGGAGCUAAGAUCCCACAUGCCUUGUGGCCAAAAAACCAAAACAUAAAACAGAAGCAAUAUUGUAACAAUUUCAAUAAAGUCUUUAAAAAUAUUCCACAUCAAAAAGAAAAUCUUAAAAGAAAGAUAAUUGUUUAAACAAAAAUAAUAAUGUACUUCGAGUUUUAUAACAUACAAGAAAGCAAAAUAUAUGACAACAAAAGCAUAAAGUCAGAAGGGGGAGAAAUGGAAGUAUUAUUAUAAGGAUCUUAUAGUAUUCGUGAUGUGUUAUAAUGUCACUUGAGAGUAGAAUGUGAUAAGGUAAAAAUAUACACUAAAAAGUCUAAAACAACCAUGAAAAUAACAAACAGCUGUAGCUAAUAAGUGAACAGAGGAGAUGCAAUGAAAUCAUAAAAAUUAUUUUCAAAUAUUCCAGAAGAAGGCAGAAAAAGGAAAAAAUGAAGCAAAGAAUAGAUGAGACAUGUAGAAAACAAAUAGCAAGGUGAUAUGCUAAAAUCUGAUCAUAUCAAUAAUCACAUUAAAUGUCUAAAUACCUCAAUUAAAAGGCAGAGAUAGUAAGAAAUUUAAGGUGCAUGGUUUCAGGUGUCGGAGUCACCAAGUAAGACACAGCUCACAUAGGCACUAGAUGGAAUGAUGCUUUACUCACAGAAGAAAGCGAGACCUGCUUUAAUAGCACUGGUUCCCCAUGGUCAGCGGGUCCUGUCCUGCAGCUGACACAGGAAGAUGGUCUGCAUGUGCCCCUCAUUGUGCUGCAGGAGGAGGACCCUGUUCCCUCUCCCCAGGAACAGAUAUAAGCAGUGGGGUUGGCCAGAUGCCACUUAAGCAGAACAAAGACAUAUACAUCAAACCUGUUAGCAGGGGAAAGAUAUUUGCAAACAAGGUGAUAUGCCCAGCACUAGCUGUGAGGGCUCCUUACCUUCCUGUUAGGAAAUGUUUCAGGCCCCAGGAACACGUUCAUGCAGCUGUGCAGGAGUCAACAGGCUGUGUAUGACCACAUUUCCCAACAUAUUUACUAUCUGACCCUUUACAAAAGUCUGCCCAUCUCUGGGUUAAUGUAAUAUGUACUUCAGCCCAACAAGAGACCAUGAUGACUGCUGAAUUAUUGGGGUAUGAAUUAAUGAGGUCUCCAUGUAUUUCCUAACGUGCACUUUCAAAAUAUCAGAUGCUUAGGUUAAUUAGUUUUUGUCUCCCUGGACCAGGAACCCACUGGGUAAUUGUGGACUGUUAGAUAUGCAUGUGGGCUUAAAGCCAGGUUAGAAUGCAUUUCACUUCCCUGGGUAGGAUCUUUGUGAUGUUGCUCCCCUGGAGGAUUCCCCUUCAAUUAAAUCUGAUGAGUCCACUCGGCAUGCUCUAGGCUAGAGCAAAGAGCCCUGAACUUGGAACCCAGGUGAAGUCCCAACUCCAUCACUGCAGAAUGGAGUGACUUAAGGCAAGUCACUUCACAUCUCAGGUUGAGGCUGACUUACCCAGGAGACAAAGUAUUUCCAGAUCUCCCUAGAGAUCUUCAUCACUGUGCUUAACAUGAACAACUGCACAGAGAGGCAGCACAGGGAGGUUACGGGCACCAGCUCCAGACUCCAAUGAUCUGAGUUUGAGUCCCAGUCUCCCCACUUUUUAAAUUGUAUUCUAUUUUAUUUUAUUUAUGGCUGCGUUGGGUCUUCAUUGCUGCGCGAGGGCUUUCUCUAGUUGCGGCGAGUGGGGGCCACUCUUCGUUGCGGUGCGCAGGCUUCUCAUUGCGGUGGCUUCUCGUUGUGGAGCACGGGCUUGAGGCGUGCGGGCUCUGUAGUUGUGGGUCGUGGGCUCUAGAGCACAGGCUCAGUAGUUGUGGCGUGCACCGGCUUAGUUGCUCCUCGGCAUGUGGGAUCUUCCUAGAUCAGGGCUCGAACCCGUGUCGCCUGCAUUGGCAGGUGGAUUCUUAGCCACUGCGCCACCAGGGAAGCCCCCCAGCCUCCCCACUUAACUGGUACUUUGGCCGAGUGACUUUACUCCCCUGUGUCUUGGUUUCAUCAUCUGUACACCAGGGAUGACAAUAAUAGACUCGAAACUCCGAGGGUUAUGGGGAUUUAAUGAAUAUUGCUAAAGUAAGCUGAGCUACAUGAGUGUUUGUUAAAUAAAUAAAAGCUGUUUACUGUUAGGGAACAAUCAGUGCAAACUGGGCAUGUGAGCCUGGGAUGUGGUACAGCUGGACUCAGCCGUUCUUCUCUGGAGGCCAUAGAGCAAGAACUGUGUCCUUUUAAAGUCACAGCUGUUGUGAAAAGAUGCUGAAAAGGGGCACUGGCCAAUUGCAGGACAGUAGCUAGGCCUCAAAAUCAAGGCCUCCCAGGAAGGAUGACUUGGAACAGUUUAGCCUGCAGAUGAGAGGGCAAGUAUGGUGGUGCUCAAUGUACAUAGAUAAAGGCAGGCAUAAAAAUGGUUCUUAUUUUGAGGAUAAAAGUGGGGACAGGAGUUGGACGUUUCAGUGGGGACAGCUUCUGACCCACUAUCAGGAAGACAUUGCCCCACCAAGGCUGGCUGACCCUUCUUGUCCGGGGUGCUGUAGGGUACUUCUCAAUUAAGGUAGAGAGUUAGACGAGAUGAAACAUACAAGGGCUCUCCCAUAUCGAAUACUCCUGGACUCUAAUAUUUCUGUUGGCUUUGAGAUUUGACUGCUGAUACGUGUGGUAGGAACGAAGCCAUUGCUUUUAAAGUUCCAAAAUUUGAAGCUUGCCAAGAACUCUCUAAGAGUGUCUGCCCAGAUUUCCUGGGCCACCUCCUGAUGGAUUGCUCAGCAGCCUGUCUUUACUCUAAACCUCCCCCACCUCCAUGGAUUAUGAAACACGGGUUGGUGGUGACAGCCCCUGGCAAGGUCAUAGAAAGGCAUUAUUUAUCUGAGUGCUGUCAUUGCUCAAGAACCUGAAGACAGACCUCCAGACCCUCUUGAUAUCGGCACUGGUUGCCUUCAAAACUUCCAAAGGGCCAUCCAGACUUGACCCCUAGUUUGCCCAGAAUGCAAUGGCAUCUGGAUUUCAUUUCGAUGGCUUGACAGUCUAUGAAGUCAUUUCCAAGAGGGGCCUUCUUAUCUGCCUCAACCAAAACAAGCAUGUUCAGUCCUGGUUCUGAGGUAAUUAAAGUUCAUUAGGCUUUGGAAGUACAUUACAGCAUGACCUGUUAUACAUGAAUUCAGAUCGGCCAUGGUUCAAAUCAAGCUCUCUCUCCCCACCACCAUCUACGUGGCCAACCAUGGAACAGACUGGAAGCAAACUCCCUGGAGGCAACAAACAGUGCCUACGUGACCCCUUAUCUGGGGAAUAGUAACAGAGGGGAUUCGCAAAUCUCAAUAGAACAGGGGCUGCAAACUCAGAUGCCUUCAGGACCUGGGGAGGCAAUAGGAAGGAGGCAAUUUGGCCAGCUGUGGACAGGCAAAUGUGUGACAACCGCUGUGUAGUUCAGCCAAGUGUCGCACGCCGAAAGGGAAGAUCAGUAUUACCAGAUUGUCUGAUUUUUCUAAGAGAAUGUGGAAUCCUGGAUUUGCAUGUAAAAAUAGUUUUUUAAUGUUGGCAACUAAUUUGAAUACCAGUUUGGAAUUUUGUUUUUUUGGAAUAUCAGUUUGUCCUUGGAAUGCCAAUUUGUUUUGGAAUGCCAUAUUGUCAUUUUUGCACGUAGAAAGUUACUCAGUGCUGAGGACCUGUGACAGGAGUUUGCACAGCUGACCACAGUCUGAAGAAGACCACACCCCUGUUCAAAGAAGACUCUAUUAGCCUCAGAUCAGAGCCUGCAAGUACCUUCAAGUUAAUCCAGUCCGACUACUUACAGCCUGCUGUAGAGACAGGAGCACUGGCCAGAGAGUGGAGAGCCCAGGUUCUGGUCCCAGCCCUGUCACUGAUUCCCUGUGUGACCUUGGGAAAGUCUCUGUCCUUCUCUGGCCUCGGUUUCCCCUUCUGGAAUUGGCCCAGAAUAUCUCAGGUCCCUGCCAACUCAGAUGGUCUAGAACUCUGCCUGAGAGGAACCCCAAAUUGAGAAUCCUCAAAAACAGGGCUUGUUCUUAAUUUGGGGUGAAAUGGCUAUUUUCAGGACCGGUUGUGCAUCUUUGGAACCAGUAGUUCCAGAGCUAAGAAAAGAAUUUACCGGAAAGGAGGCUUUGCCAGCAGCUUCUGGAGUUUUUGUGCCAAGAUCUUAGGGCUGAUGGAGGUGAUCAGUUAGCAUUCGUCAAGUGCCAAUGGUGAAGGUAAGUGGGGCUUAUGACAGAUGGGAAAUGGCAGGUGAGGGGGUCACACAGAGGCCUGGCUUCUUGUCCUGUUCUCACUCACUCUGCAUCCCGGGAAGUCCUUCUCUGUCCCUGUGUUUCCGUUUCCUCUGAGGAAAUUGUCUGGCUGGUUUCUGAGCCCCCUUUGAGCCCUGGAGUUCUGUGAUUCUAACAAAUUAUGUUUCAGAGUUAUAGUUUUAUCAUCUUCCCAAGGACUUUAAUUUUUUUUUAAUUCAACAGGUGUUUCUUAAGCACCCCCUGGUGAUAGGCACUAUGGAUGCAGCUAGCAAAACCAGAAACAAUCCCUGUCCUCAUGGCACUUAGAGUCUUGGGGGGAGACAGACAGCAACCAAUCAGGUAAAGGCACAGUGGGCCCGGCAAAGUGCUAUGACCAGAGGAUGAAUUUUCAACAGGUGACGUGAACCUGGGUUGCGGCAUCUUCCAGAGCUCACGGCCCCCGGUUUGCCAUGUUGAGAGUCCAGAGGGAGGUGCCGAGGGGCUACCCCAAUCCACAGAGACCACCAAUAAUCGCAUACAACAUGUAUGCAGCACCUUCUGGAUGAUGAGCCCUUACAUUCACCAUCUCGUUUAAUCCUCACAAUAACCCUACGAAAGUAGGAAGGCCUAUUAGCCCCAUUUUGCAGGUGAGAAAACCAAGGCUCAAGGUCAGGUAGCUAGAGAGCACAGGACUGACCCAGGUCUGCAUGCUUAUGUGCUCUACCUCCUGGGCCCCUCUGGUGAGGAUUAUGGAUGGUGGCUGGGUGGUAUGGGGGAGCUGCUUUGGGGGAUAAGGUGGCAAAGCUGAGAAGUCCAGGCCCUCCAUCCCUGCUCCAGUGAAAGCAGCUGCACUGUUCCGUGUUGUGCCUUUGUGUUGUGCCUUUAAGGGACUAUGUUAAAUUUCACUGGAAAAACAGUUACAAAAACCAAACCAAACCAAACCAAACCAGAUGGCAUGGUGUUUCAGAGUGUGUGGCCUGAACUGAGAAAGUCCCAGUCCCAAGUCCCCACUUAGUGACCUGGGGAGCUAAUAAUAGGUCCUACCUCAUGGGGACUCAUGGGGGAUUCCAUGAAUCAAGCCCGUAAAGCCUUAGCACGGUGCUGGGAACCGAGUAAAUACUCAGUGGGGUGCUAUUUGCAAGGAAAGAUUUGCCUUUAUCAAAGGGGUCUGUUGUUGGAAAAAAACCAUGACUCUAGGCAGCGGGGAGACUUUGAAGGCUUUGAACAGGGUGAACCCACUCAAGUUUGUGCUUGUGGAGAAGCCCCUAGGCCGGCACCUACAGCCAUCGGGGGAGCUGUUCCGUUUGCCACAGAACUUGAACUUGGUAGAUAAGUCUGGUGGGGCCGGGGGCGGGGGCAGGAGGCAGGGCAAGAGAAAUGCCGUUGUGGGUUUUCUCUGAAAGGAAAGCCUAGGAGAAGGAAGUGGACAGCGAUAAGAUUAGGGAUUGUUACAACAUGUUCUGGAGCCAUAAAUCCUGGUUUAUUUUACCCACUUUACCGAAGGAUUAAGUUGAUUCUGAGAGGAACCAGAAGAAAGGAGAGAGGCUGCCUCCCAGGGACAAGUGUGAGAAGAGCUGAGGUCCAGCCUGGGGAGAACCAGCCUCUCACUCUGAGCCCAGUUUCUUUCUCCAGCACCCCUGGACGCAGCCCAUCCUGUCCCUGCUUGAACCCUUCCAGUGACGGGAAGCUCACUCACACACAGGGUAUCCUGUUCCGACAGGUUUAUCUCUGAACGUUCAGAAGACCUUCUUGUCCCCCAAGUGCAGAUCUUCCCCCCAGUAGCUUCUUUCAAUAAUUCAGUGGGUGAUUAUAUGGAAACAUAUUUUUAAUAUGUUUAUUUUGAAUCCAAUAAAAAUGCUAAAUUUUCUUGUUAAUUUAGAUAACAUAGUUGUAGAUCAUUUGGGGUUUCUCUAUAUAUACUAAUUAUAGCACCUUUGAAAGAUGACUUUUAUUUCUUUUCCAACUCUUACAUCUUUUAUUUCUUUUUCUCGCCUCACUGCACUGGAUAAGACUGCCAGUAAAAUGUUGAAUAAAAUGGGUGCAGUGGGCAUCCUUGACGUCCUGAUCUCAAAAGGAAAAGCUUGCAAUAUUUUACCAUUAAUUAUGGUAGCCACAGACAUAAUCUUUAUCAAGUUAUGGUAAUUCCCUUCUGUUCAUAAUGUUGUAGAUUAUCAUUUUUUUUAGUUUUAAAAUCAUGACUAAAUAUAAAUUUUUUAUCAAAUGGUUCUCUGCGUGUAGUUUUUGUCCUUUAAUCAGUUUCUGUGCUGAAUUGUAUGAAUAGAUUUUCUAUUGUUAAAUCAACCUUGUGUUCCUGGGAUUAGCCCACUUUUGUGGUAUCCUUUUAUAUAGUGAUUUAUGUGGCUAACACUUUAUUAAGGAGUUUUCAUUUAUAUUUAUGAGUAAAAUUGGCCUGUAACUUUCUUUUCUUGCUGUAUCCUUUUGCUGUUUUGGUAGGCAGGUUAUGUUACUCUCAUAAAUGAAUUGGGGAUUAUUUACUGUUUCUCUGUUCUCUAGAAGACUAAAAUUGUUUCUUCUUUGAAUGUUGGAUAGAACUGGCCAGUGAAACCAUCUAGACUUAAAGUUUUCUUAAUGAAAGGGAUUUUCAGUGUUCUUAAUUAUUAGAGGACUCUCUAGGUUUUCUAUUUUGUCUUGAGUCAAAAUUGGUAUAUUACACCUUUCCAGGUUGUCCGUUUCAUUUAAACUUUCAAAUGUAUUGACUCAAAGUUGUUCAGAAUACCCUCGUUUUUCUUUAAUGCUGGCAGCGUCUGUAGUGAUGUCUCACUUUUUAUUCCUAAUAUUGCUUUCUUGGUGCCAGUUCUGUUUUUCUCUAGACCAAUUUCCUUCAGGGGUCUAUCAAUUUUACUACCUUUUCAAAGAACUGUCUUUUGGCUCUGUUUUAAUCUUUGCUUUCUUAUUUUAUUAUUUUCUGUUCAUGCCUUUAUUAUUUACUUCUUCCUACUUUUAUUGAAUUUGUCUUGACAUUCCUUUUUUUUUGGCUGCGUUCUGUCUUAAUUGCUGCGCGCAGGCUUUUCUCUAGUUGGAGCAAGUGGGGGGCUACUCUUCAUUGUAGCUCGCGGGCUUCUCAUUAUGGUGGCUUUGCCCAUUGUGGAGCAUGGGCUCUAGCUGUGGGGGCUUUAGUAGUUGUGCCUCGUGGGCUCUAGAGCACAGGCUUAGGAGUUGUGGUGCAUGGGCUUAGUUGCUCUGUGGCACGUGGGAUCUUCCCAGACCAGGGAUCGAACCCGUGUCCCCUGCAUUGGCGGGCAGAUUCCCAACCAUUGCACCACCAGGGAAGUCCCAUGCCUUGACAUUCUUUUUACAACUUCUUGGAGUCGAUGUUUAUUUUAUCAAUUUUCAGCUUCUUUUCUUCUCUGACAUAUGUAUCUAAGACUAUAAAUUUCCCUCUAUGUACUGAUUUACCUACACUCACAAAUCUUUAUAUGAAUUAAUUUGCUAUCAGUUCAUUCAAAAUAUUUUUUAGCUUCCUUUAUCAGUUCUUCUUUAACCCAUAGGUUAUUUAGAAGUGUAUUUAAAAUUUUCCUAGCAUAUGGAAAUUUCUAAUUAUCUCUUAUUAUUGAUUUAUACCUUAGUUAUAAGAAAUAGCUGGUUAGCUAAUAUGCUCUAUAUGAUUUUGGUUCUUUGAAAUUUGGUGAGACUGGCUUUAUAGCCCAGGUUAUAGUCAAAUUUUGUAAAUUGUCUUAUGUGUCUGAAAAUAAGGUGUUGGACACAGAGUUAUCUAUGUAUGUCUAUUAGGUCAAGUUUUUUCACUGUUUUGUUCAAAUCCUCUGAGUAGAGACUAUAGGUUCCCGCUCCGGCCUGGUUUUCCUCUCUUUUCUGGAGACAUAGGCAGACUACACUUCUCAGUAUACUUAGAGAUGGGAGAGAAUGUGUGACCAGUUCUAGCUAAAGAGAUGUGAAUGAAAAUGAUAUGUGUAACUUCUGAGCCAAGGCAAUUAAGAGCCAGUGUGCUUCCUCCACACUUUCUCUUCUUUAGAAGCAUCUGUGAGAACUACAGAGUGAGAUGGCAGAGGCAUGUGAUGAGAGCAGACUGGAUCUCUGGGUCACUCCUUGGAGGAGAACUGUCCUGAGAAUUGCCUGACUUCACUGGACUUUGUGUGACUGACAAAUAAACCUUUGUUGAACCAA